UUGAGACAUGCACCCAAGAAGAAACUCUGAAAACCAAAGACCCUUCCCACUCAUGCGAGGCGACAUAGUGUGGGCCAGGGUUCAGUACCCUCACAAAUGGUGCCCCGCGCUCGUUCUCGCUUCCGACGACCUCGGUGUCCAAGUCUCCUUCUCCUUCAACCAAAACGACGUCGUCCCGCCAACAUGUUUCGUCGACUCCGAAGUUGUCCCCUUCGAGGAGGCCUUCCCUUCUCUCGUCUCCCGCCACAACGCCCACGCGUCGUCGCUCCACUCCGCGCUCCGGCUCUUGGGCCGGAGGGUCAUUUCCGGUUUGAGCUGUCGCUGCCUAUCGGCCCAGGCCCAACGGGCCCGUAACGGCCCGGGCUCUCUUCCCGAGUUCGACCCGGCUGGGGUUUUGGGUUUUGUCUUGGAUGCCGCUGUUUCGCCGUGGGUCGAGCUCCCUCGUUUUGCUCAUGCCGUUAGAGUGGUUGCUCAGGUUCACGCUUUUCGAACUUAUUGUUCCAUGAAGCAAAAGAAAUUGAACAAACAGAGUAACAACACAGGUUUAUCUUUGGGUCAGAACACGCACUCAGAUACGCUAGAAUCUGUAGAUUUGGAAACCAAGGGAAAAUGUCAGAUCAUAUGCAAAAACGGGGAGGAAAACAUAGCUAUUGGUGCUAUUAGGAGAUUGAACUCAACAGUUCCUGUGUGGGAAGGAAAUUCUGAACACUUGUUUAAGAAUAAACUUGUGAUUAUUUCAGAGAAUCUUAUGCACUUUCCUGCUUUAGAUCCCCUUUACAUGGUGCAAGAAAGCCUAAAACCUGAAAGACAGAGCCUUCUGGGAUUUAAAAAGAUAUCAGAUUAUAACAUAGUUGAUAUCUGCUUUGGAAAAUGUUCUACUGUGCGUAAAACUCACAUCUCAGUUCCUUCCAACUUUAUGACUCAUUUGAACGACUAUAUCAGUAAAAUAGAAGAUCAUGCACUGGGGCUUUACUGCAGAUUUACUGACACAGAAACCAUUAUAUAUCUUAACAACAAACGAAGGCGACUAGAUAAAUCAACUUCAUCCCAUGUUUUUGGUCAAAUUCGUUUACUUCAAGUUCAAGAAAGUGAAAGCAAAACAUACAUCUCAGAACAUACCAGACCUAGGAUCUCACACAUUAAGAUGCUUGAAGCAGAAGGAAGUAUCCAGGAAGACAAUCAGGCCGCAACAUACUCUUUUGAAACUACUAUGAACUCCACAGAUCAGGUUCAAAAUGUUGAUUCAAAAAGAGGUCAGAAUUGUGAAUCAUUGUCUAAUAAGUGUGAGGUUAAUGCCCAUGCAGCAAAAGUUAAAGGUAUGUUAGGAUCUGACGCAUCUGUUUACCAAGAAAGACUGCAAAUGAGUUGCAAUAGUGAUACAACACCUCUCACUUUGAAAAGGUCUGCAAUAACAGAAUUAUCUUACAGGGAUUGUUUGGUGGAGGAGGGCAAGGAUUGGUACCAAGGUACUGCUUCUUGUUCAGUAUUCAAUUCAGAAGUUGGACAGCUAUCAAAAACCCAUGUUCCCUUUUCUCAUAAAUCUUUGCACAUGAAGUUCCCUAAGAAUUUCAACCUACCAUCCAAGGAAAAGUUAAUAGAGAAGUUUAGAGUAUUUGGCUCAGUAGAUUCCUCAAGAACAAGAGUCUUUUCCUACACUGGCUCAGCUCAGGUGGUUUUUUUACAUGAAGCUGAUGCAGUUGUUGCAUAUCAAUAUGCCAGAAGGAAGGCCUGGUUUGAUGAGGCUAAUGUUCGGUUUUGGCUUGACCCUUUUGAUCACAAAAGAAGAGGAUUCAAGUGUUCUGCUAUGGUGGCUCCGUCAGCAAGUAAACAAAUAGGACCGUCACUGAAAUCAUGUCUAAAAAAUUCCAAUUCCUCGAGAAAGGAAAACAUAAAGAAACAUUGCAGGGUAAGGUUUACAGUAGAAACUUAGCUGACACGAAUUUUCUGUAUGAAGAAUGUUAUAUCGUAUUCACUUAAAUUCCGUUGAGCUCAUCUUUGUUCCUGCUUUCAACAUGGCAUUUCCUCAUGCAAGUGAUAAAAAAAACUACUAGCAUUUGAAUGCAAGUAGAAAGGUUAAUUUGGUUAA